CUAACCCCUCAGGUGAAGAGCAGCAGGUGUUAAAACACCCUCAGCCACAGAGCUACUCACUCCUAAUGAGUCCUGCCUCCGCGCUCCAUCCAUCCGUGCAUGAAGGACUUUAUUUUUAGUGCGGCUAGUUAAGAGUCCCGCUGCAGGAAGCGCUGCUGUGGCCUGCGCUGCCCUCCUGCCGGCGAGUCAAAUUAUUAAUGACAGUGCGGUAAUAUUAUCACAUGUCUGCUUCAUCCUAAUGGCGCUUUAGGAGGCUUGAGAAAAUCCUUCUAGUAUUAGAUUAUUACUUUGGGUUACUGAAAACCUUUUUGCAAAAGAGGAAAAAAAAAUGAAAUAAGUGUUUUCUAGCUCCACAUUGCAUCACAUAAACAUCUCUCAUUUAGGAGUACACUUGUGCUAUUAUUUUACAUGUUUCCUCCAAAUUCUGCCUCAAUUCUGCUAAUGGUUUUGCUCACAGUCGUCAGCAGAUACUAUAAUCGUGGGAAAAAUAAUGACAGUUAUCAGUCGCACCCACCAAGUACCCAUAAAAAAUCUGUCCUCUGUUCUGGAAGAUGAUAAUUAUCGGUUGUACCACCAUUAUCAUUGUCGUUGUUGAUGGAGGAAAAUCUUGAGGCAUUUUCCGAAAGUAAUUCCAGGAGAAAUCACUUCAAAUUGGCCUAUUUUAAGAGAGAGGGGGGACAACGGGACCAAGCCUUUGGUUAUAGCCUAAUAUUUCACAGAAAUCUUUAAAUCCCAAGCAUCCGCGGGCAUUCUGGCACAUUGUGGCGCGCACACACACACGCGCGCGUGUUGUGAUGUCAGCCGCCGGCAUUUUUUGAUAACACAUUCUGCAACUUACUCGUUCUGUUUGCAGUUCAAUUAUGCAAUUACGCUGAUAAUCGCAGUGAGGGAAUUUAACUGCCUUUAAUUUGUUAUUCAGGUGGAGAUGAUGGAGGGACCGCGGAUGGAGGAGCGGGGCUGCGCCUCUGCUCUGCGCAGACUGCGGCGGAGGAGCUGCGAUCUGCAGAUGAAUCCCGGGGAAAUGAAGACCUGCAGGAGACUUUGCUCCGCUUUCGUCCUGAGGAGGAUCUCUGACCUCGGGUGGCGCACAUCUGGUUCUUCGGACCCCCAGCCCCACACUCACCAAUCGGCUUCUCGCUCGCACAGAGUGGACCAAUCAGCGACAGCCUUUGAUGAAUAUUCAUGAGUCCGAGAUUCAAACCUUUGAGCGAGUUUGUCUCGGUCCACAGCAUCACUCCCAGGACUUUUUCACAGGCGCAAACUGCAUUUUCUUAUGAAUGGAAGGAGAAAAAAUCAGGCCGGCUUAAAUUGGGACCCGUCCUUUCGCUGAGAUCACAGAAGGAGGAAAACAACAAAAGCGCGGAGGAGACAGGAGGGAACCGCCAGAAGAGAUGACAAUGACCACGAUUCCAGAAGGUCUUAAUAGCCCUGCAUCAGGAAAAGCCGUUUUCAUGGAGUUUGGACCCCCGAGUCAACAAAUGUCUCCUUCCUCCAUGUCUCACGGACACUACCCCAUGCACUGUUUACAUUCUGCAGGUCACACGCAGCACGACAGCUACAGCCCAGCCUCGUCGUUCCCCAGAUCUCUGGGUUAUCCGUACGUAAACUCCGUCGGCAGCCAUCCCACAAGUCCAUACCUGAGUACAGUACAGACUUACCAGAACAGCUCGGGGCUCACGCAGACGCGACUGGAGGACCCAGCGGCACCAGAAGCGGAGAAGAACACAGUAGUGGAAGGCGGGGAGGUGCGAUUUAACGGCAAGGGGAAAAAGAUUAGAAAACCAAGGACUAUAUACUCCAGUUUACAGCUCCAAGCGCUCAACAGGAGAUUUCAACAAACGCAAUACUUGGCAUUGCCGGAGAGGGCUGAGCUGGCAGCGUCGUUGGGUCUCACUCAGACACAGGUCAAAAUUUGGUUUCAGAAUAAACGCUCCAAAUUCAAGAAGCUAAUGAAGCAAGGCGGCAGCACAAUCGACACCAACGUUUUAGCCACCGGUCGUGGACUUUCCACCGGCUCGCCCACCGUGGCACCGGUAUGGACGUCGCCGACCACCGUGAAGACGUCGGUGGGCACGACCGGCUCUUACAUCCCCAGCUACACCUCGUGGUACCCGACCACACACCAAGAGUCUAUGCAACAGUCGCAGCUCAUGUGAGCCGAUGCUCCGGCGUCAAGGACGGUGACGGACCCCGCAGCCGCCCGAGCUCGGCCUCGGCAUUGCUGAUGCUCCACGAUAAAAUAAUAAUAAUAAUUAAAAAAAAAAAAAAAAAAGAAGCAGCUGCCGCAUCCCGCGAGCUGACACGGAGGCCUCCUCGUGCCAGCUAGCAGAGAAGAGGGGUGGGUGGGACGCUGAGAGAGCGAAAAGGCGCACAAUGCACCCACGCGGGGCAGCAAGCCCGUGGCAGCGGGUAUCAAAACGACAAAAAAAAGGAACAUUUUUCUUUUCUUUUUUUCUUCUUUGGCUGCUGUUGUUUACGUUUCUCUUAUUUUUCUUUCUUAAACUCGAAUUGGUGUGAAGAAUUCUGUUGUUGAGCUGUAGGCUACAUGUUUAUGAGAAGAGCUUUUUUUUUUUUUUUUGUUUACGCCAGAUGACGACCUAAAACCAUGCAUUAACACCUGAGGCCCAAUCAGGCCUCAGCAGUGAAGGCUUUAAACCAAAUAACCGAUCCCAGACUCCACCGGUCAGGCCGCCCAUAGCGUACAGCAUAACACAACCACAGUAAAUCCUCACGUCGCCGUGUUGUUUCUAUGUGUUUGUUAUUUAAGUUAAAUUAUUCAGACGUGUCUGUGUUCAUUCUGUGUGCGUGUUUGAGAUGACAACACUGUGUUGUUGAAAUGCUGCACUAACGCAAGCAGAGCUUCUUUUGUUUUUGUUUUGUUUUUUUCUAUGCCGUGCCCCGAUUUUAUGUGAACAAAUGUAAAAGGACAGCCGAUUCGCUGCUUUUGAGAGAGAGAGAGAGAAAAAAAUAUCCAGAGGAUGAGCAGCUAUAACUUGUCACUGUAUUUUGUGUAUAAUUUUCAGAUACGUUUUUUUUUUUUUUUUUUUUUAAUUAUUAUUAUUAUUAUUUGUGCUGUUACUGGAUACGCUGUGAAACAGGGUUUUAGGCUUUUUGUGUAUAUUACUCGUCGACAUGUGUUUUAGUCACCAUAGAGGAUAUUUAGUUUUGUAUUGAUCACUUAAUUUAUUUAUCUGUUUCUGGAGUUUUUUAUGUACAUAAAAGUGAAAAAGUUUCAAAAGCAGUAAAAUAUGAUUUAAAUUAUGUUUAA